AUGUCUGCAGACGAUUUCACCGAUGACGUUGUGUCCAAUGCGACUCGGCAACUGGAAGAGUGGAAUCAAGCUCAUCGUCGAAUCAAAGACAAGCCGCCAAAGGACAGUCGCCAAUAUCUGAAGCAUGCGCUGAACCUCCUGCCUUUGUUCGAGAGUAUUGCAGAAUUGCAUCCUGUCGCGAAAGCUAUUGUCUUCAGCUUCAGGGCGAUCAUCAACUUUGAAGAUGACCGAAUCGAGAACGACCUUCGGGUUUCGGGUGUGUUAUUGUCAGCGACCGACAUGAUGAGCGUCGUCCUGGAGAUCGCUAUCAUUGCCACUCAAGAGGAGGAGGAUUCUGAAGUGAUCAGUUCCAACGAGGAUUUGCUAGUUCUGCUUCAACGUAUCCAGGCCGACCUGAAAGCGUGCGGAAACUCUAUCGACACUUACUACAAGUCAUCGAAGCUGGCAAAGUUCCUUAAAUCGCAAGAGUGGAAAGGGGUUAUGACGGAAUACAGCCAGACAUUCAUCAACCACCGCACCAAUCUCCACACCAUCCUUUCCCUUCGGAUCACUCGCGCAGUGGACAACCUCGGUGCCAAGAUGAAGAUUCUCAUCGCUCAGGCAUUCACCCCUCAACGUGACUGGGAGAAGAAUUUGCAGAAGAAGCUCAAGGAGUAUGGACCGAAGGAGAACUGGAUUCACAACACAGAGAAAGUGAAGGAGUUGAUCAAGCUGAGCGAGGACCCUAUGAUUGAUAGAGGCCUUCUGAACGUCCCCGACGAUCCAGCAGAAGCUGCUUCUGCAGAGCAGAGAUUGGCCACCUUCAUUGCGGGACUGAACCAGGAGAUCAGCACGUCCCUCAGGACACUGUUCGACCGCAACAUGGGGAUCUUCGAGCAAAAGCUCGACUUCCACACCCAGGAGCUACAAGACUCCAUUGAAAAAUCGGCCAAGUAUGUUGUUCGCGCGCUAGCGGGGCCGUACGAUCGACUUCAACACGAGGACCUACGCAAGCUCUGGAAGGAGAUGAAUUGGAUCUUCUGUGUCGAGGACAAGCUCUUCACGAUCGCCCUGUUCGAAUACUAUCUCGACUACUUCAACAGUAAAUAUUCGACUCGACCCAUAGGUUCCGAUGAAGAGCCCAGGAAACUCUCUCAGGAGGAACUCAACAAACGUCGUGAAGAUUUAUGGACUCUACCCUAUCUGAGCAAGUACGGCGAGAAGAUCAACGAGGCGGUCGACACGGAUAAGUCGGGAUUCAUUCGGAUCAGCGAGGUCAACGUCUUCACGAGUCAAAUCCCGCCCGGAUGGACACUUCCUCAAUAUUGCGCGUACGUUGCGGUCGGGUGGGAAUACGAACUUCACAUUUACCAGAAACGUCUUCAGCAUCUCAUGGACAAAUUCUACGAAGCUCAAGCCAUAGUCCACCCCGACAACAGGGUAUAUCUGCUGUAUUAUCUCCAGCAGUAUUUCCUCCCAAUAUUGCUCUCCCGAGGUCCUACUAAGUCUGAAUCCGAUUUUUCGAAUCUUCCUAGCGCGUUCCGAAGUCGCAUCCGCGAAAAGAUCUCGGCACAAGACGAGCGCAUGCGAAACCUGUGGAAAAAGUUCAAGUACCGGAUGGACGAUAGCGGGACCAUUGGCAUUCUGUACUCCGGUCGGGAUCUCGAAACGUAUAUCCUCCAGCUGUUGAUGAUCUUCAUGGAGCACACCUUGGACAUCGUUGCCAUUUGCAAGACCCAAAGGAUCGAUUUGCGUGAAUGGAGGAAAUUGGACAGUUCCUUGGUCGAAAUCAAGACCCUGUUGCAUGCUCGUAUUGAAGAACUGGAAGGGCGAUAUUCAUCACAGGACGGAACUGAUAUUCAAGAAUUUGUGAAAAGCCAUUACGGGGGGCUUCUCAGAGCUUACUACAUCGAGCACUACCAUAACGACGACUGCCCUGUUACCGAAGCGGAAGCGGAACAGCGCCUGUCCCACCUUUUCAUCCUAGACGAUUUCCCCAUCCCCGAACCCAAUGUUAACACCGAGGAAGUAUUGGAAUACCAAACAUGGGAGCAACACCUCGAAGGGAUGGACGAGGAUUAUGAAGUACCUGGCAUUCCACCUCCAGUGUGGGGCGCCACAGACGAGUUUUACGGUGGGGAGUGGUCCCUCCCAGAGAGAGAUCACACAUACCCCUUUCACUUGACCAUCACUUGCGAUCUUUGCAAACGCUACCCGUUAACAACAGUGUGCUUCCACUGCAUCGACUGCGAUGAUUACGACGUCUGUGGGGAUUGCCACAAGUUGCCCUUGUCUGGCUUUGACCCAGAGAACGUGUCGUCGCACGCCGAGGACCACACCUUGGUCCGGUUUGUGCUCUACUUUCCUCAUGAAUACAGGGCGAUUGCCAGGGCUAUUGCGGAGCAUCGCCAGGAGGAACAUUACUUAGUGGCCUUCCGGGAUCAUUUCGAGAAACAUGGAUAUGUGACUAGUAAAGGGGAUGGAGGUGACGACGAAGGGGACGACGAAGGGGACGACGAAGGUGAAGAUGAGGGCGAAGAUGAAGAUGAAGGUGGUAAUGAAGACGACGAAAGCACCGCUCCCGAAAACAGCUCGUCUGACCAUCGUCUCUGCGUCCAGUGCGGAGAGGAAAUCUCCUCAGAGCGCUUUUUCCAAUGCAUACACCAGGAUUGCUUGGAUCAUCAUCAUUACGUUUGCCUUGAGUGUGCAGCGACAUACACUCAAGGCGAUGAAGAUGAAGAUGAAGAUGAAGAAGAAGAAGAAGAAGAAGAAGAAGAAGAAGAAGAAGAUGCAGUUGUCGAUGAAGAGGGAAAUGAAAACACUCGAAGACAUCACAAGUGGUGGCACACCCUCCUUCUACUCCAGAACAUCGACGAUGAUUUUGCGCUUUCCGACGACGAUUCGGAGGCGGGCCAGACAAACGAGAGCGAGGGAAUACUUGCUCAAGUCGGCGGGUCCACUCUAGAGGAUCGUGUUGGUGCGGUCGAAAAGAGAUUGGAAGCAGUUGAAACCGGCAUUGCCGCCAUGAAUACCAACGUUGGAGAGCUGAAGGGACUGUUGGAAGCUUUGCUCGAUAGAUUGGGCUGA